CAAGCAGCUUCCCGGAUCUGAAAUCGGCGAAAAAAAGAGGAUCUGUAAGUGGAAGGGCCGUGACUCACCUGGUUGGGCUAAAACAACCACUGUAACAAUUAAUGAAGCCUUUUCUACCCACCCCUCUCCUCUCACCACUCGUUGGUAUUGUACUCAACUCCCACAAAGUCACGGCCCCGAGGGUCUUUAGGUUUCCAGUCCGCAGAUUUACAGCUCUCGCUCCUGCUGCCCCACGCUCGUACGCUUUCAAAAAGUACACGCCUAGCAAAAAGAAAAAGCCGCCCACUAUGACUACGACCGCCACUACCCUCAAGGGCCAACCCCUCGACAAGGCGGCCCUCGAAUCCCUCCUACGCCGGCGCCUGUUCUACACUCCCUCGUUCGAGAUUUACGGUGGUGUCUCGGGCCUCUACGACUAUGGGCCGCCCGGCUGCGCGCUCCAGGCGAACAUCGUCGACCAAUGGCGCAAGCACUUCAUCCUCGAGGAAGACAUGCUCGAGGUCGACUGCACCGCGCUCACCCCCCACGAGGUCCUCAAGACUAGCGGCCACGUCGACAAGUUUGCGGACUGGAUGUGCAAAGACCCCAAAAACGGCGAGAUCCUCCGUGCCGACCACUUCGUGGAGGAUGUCCUCGAGUCACGACUAAAGGGCGACAAGGAGGCCCGCGGCCAGAAAGUAGAAGAGAAGGCGGAGGACCCCAAGAUGUCCGAGGCGGCACUAGCACAGGUCGCCGACGGCCAGAAGACAGAGAAGGCGGAGGACCCCAAGAGGAAGAAGAAGAAGGCCAAGGGCGGGGAGGCGGUCAAGCUGGAGGACGAUGUGGUCAAGGAGUACGAGGAGGUGCUGGCACAGAUCGACAACUACAACGGCGAGCAGCUGGGUGAGCUCAUCAAGAAGUACGACCUUAGGAACCCCGCCACUGGUGAGCAACCCAGCCCUCCGGUGGCGUUCAACCUCAUGUUCCAGACGACCAUUGGCCCCAGCAGCAAUACCCCUGGCUACCUCCGGCCAGAAACUGCCCAGGGUCAGUUCCUAAACUUUGCCAAACUCCUCGAAUUCAACACUGGUCAGAUGCCCUUCGCCUCUGCUUCCAUUGGCAAGUCCUACCGCAACGAGAUUUCCCCGAGGGCUGGUCUUCUCCGUGUCCGCGAAUUCCUCAUGGCCGAGAUCGAGCACUUUGUUGACCCGGAGGGCCACAAGAAGCACCACCGGUUUCACGAGGUCGAGGAUAUCGAGCUCGACUUCUUGGACCGCCACGUUCAGCUGUCGGGCAAGACUACUACUACGAGGUUGACUGUUGGGAAAGCCGUCCAGGACGGUCUGGUCGACAACGAGACACUUGGCUACUUCCUGGCCCGCAUCCACCUCUUCCUCAAGAAGAUCGGUAUCGACCAGUCCAAGAUUCGCUUCAGGCAACACAUGGCCAACGAAAUGGCCCAUUACGCUUGCGACUGCUGGGAUGCCGAGCUCCUUACCUCGACUGGCUGGGUGGAGUGUGUUGGCUGCGCCGACCGGAGCGCCUAUGACUUGUCCGUCCAUGCGAAGAAGACUGGUGCGCCACUCAUUGUGCGGCAACGCCUGGAUGAACCCAAGAUUAUCGAGGAGUGGGCGAUCGAGAUCGAGAAGAAGAAGUUUGGCCCAUUCUACAAGAAGGACGGCAAGACCAUCGAGGCUGCUAUCUUGGCCACCACGCAAGAGGAGCGCGGCAAGCUCGCCAAGGAGCUGGAGGAGAACGGCAAGGCAGUCGUCAAAGUGCCGAGUGUUGGUGAUGGCAACGUCGAGGUCAGCAAGGACUUGCUGGCUAUCAAGUGGCAGAAACGUGUUGAAAACAUUCGGGAGUACACGCCCAACGUCAUCGAGCCGUCGUUCGGUAUUGGCCGGAUACUCUACUCGUUGAUGGAGCACAACUACUGGACCCGAGCUAGCGAUGGUGGCGAUGAGGCCCGUGGUGUCCUGUCCUUCCCUCCCGCGGUAGCGCCGACAAAGGUCCUUAUCGUUCCUCUAUCGUCCCACAAGGACUUCGCGCCCGCCGUCCGCAAGCUAUCGCAGAAGCUUAGGUCUGCCGGCAUCUCCAGCCGUGUGGAUGACUCCUCCGCCAGCAUCGGCAAGCGGUACAGCAGAAACGAUGAGCUGGGCACGCCAUUCGGUGUUACCGUCGACUUCCAGACGGCUAAGGACGACACCAUCACCCUCAGAGAGCGUGACAGCACGCGGCAGGUGCGCGCUGAGGAGGACAAAAUCAUCGCGGCCAUCCGGGCGUUGGUCGAUGGCACCAAGUCAUGGCAGGAUAUCGAGUCUGAGCUGCCUCUCUUCGAGGGCCAGCAGGAGGUGGAGGUUACCGUCCGUUAAGAACGACAGCGCCGAGGAGUCAAGAGAUGGUUCGUUUUGUUUAGUUGGCGUGGGCGCGCAUUGCCAAAUCCCCCCUUGGCAUAUACCACAAUAGAGCUCUCCUAGCGGCAUGGAGAAUGGCCAUCCCUGUGAAGCCAUCACGGCCCCUGACCGUUCGAGACUACAAGUGCAUAGGAGGCCUCAUCAACUCGUGC